UAAAGUAUAAGUGUAGGUUCUGUUUUGAUUCCACGGAGUAGUUGCGGUCGAAGAGAGAGAGAGAGAGAGAAAGAAUAUGGUGGCGCGCAGGUUUCAGGUGUUCCACAACGACUCUGACUUUGAUCUCCAUUACGACACAGACGAUGGCUUCGAAGUUUUUCAAUUCCAGCUUUACUCUCUCACUUCCGUUCCACCUCACCAGCAAAAGCUUUAUGGAGCCGAACAAGAUACUCCACUGCUCGAUGACUCUGAUCUCAUCGCCAUUUCUGAUAAACUACGACUCGUCUCGGUCAACGACUCCGAGCCUCAACCCGAACCAAGCGCUGCUGAUUUGUUGAAAUCCGAUGAGGAAUUGGCCAGACUCUUGCAGGCAGAGGAGGAAGCGCUUAUGUUGCAGCAGUAUGUGGCGAACCAAAAUCCUCAACAGUUUGAGAGUAGAGUACGGCCCUACGUUAGUCAAGUACUCAUGUAUGAGGAUGAAAAGCGCCAGGAGGCUGCUCGGAAGUCCGUUCCUGUGGAAGAGCUCGAAGAGAAAGCAUUGGUCUCUUUGGCCAAGGAGGGGAACUUCAAGCCAUCGAAAAUAGAACAAGAUCAUGCUUUCCUGCUGCAGCUUCUGUUUUGGUUCAAACAAUCCUUCAGAUGGGUGAAUUCACCAUCUUGUCAUGAUUGUGGCAACCAAACUGUAGGCCAGGGCAUGACGACUCCACUUCCUCCUGAGACUCUUUAUGGAGCUUCUAGGGUUGAACUCUAUCGCUGCACCUUUUGCUCCAAACCAACUCGCUUCCCUCGGUACAAUGAUCCAAUAAAGCUUGUGGAAACAAGAGAGGGCCGCUGUGGGGAAUGGGCCAAUUGUUUUACACUCUAUUGUCGAGCUUUUGGCUAUGAGUCACGUCUGAUCUUGGACUUCACAGAUCAUGUUUGGACAGAGUGCUUCUCUCAAUUCUUGGGAAGAUGGAUGCAUCUUGACCCAUGUGAAGGAAUCUAUGACAAACCAUUAUUAUAUGAAAAAGGGUGGGGGAAAAAAUUGGAUUAUGUAAUAGCCAUAGCGAAAGAUGGUGUUUAUGAUGUCACCAAACGAUACACAAGGAAGUGGCAUGAGGUCCUAUCUCGACGUACUAUGGUUACAGAGCCUUCUUUGUCAACUGUACUCGCUAAUAUAACAAAAGAAAGUCGAAGAGGCUUUGCAUCUCAACUACUUUCAAUUAUUGAAGCCCGUGAUAUGGAAGAAAACAAAGAACUCGAGAGGAGUUUACAUGCUGAAGAGGAUGAGUCACUCUCAUUACCUGGAAGAAGAAGUGGGAAUGAGGAAUGGCGUAAAUCCAGAUUAGAAUUUGGUUCGGAUAAUCUAAGUUCUUCUACUUGCCCAGUUCGUUUGUGCAUAGAUGAGCAUGUGACAAGGAUUUAUAAUGCAUUCCAUCCUAUCCUUUAUCAAUUUGUUGGGGAAGAACUAACAAAGUCUGAAGCUGUUGAAGUACUCAGGAUUACCAAAGGAAUUCUCUUGGAUCUUCGCAAUUUCCCCUAUAAAACAAGAAGGGCCUCCAUCAGUUCAGUUCUAGAUGACCCAAAAUUUCAGAAACUGUUGCCAUCUUUUGAUGAAUUACUUGGUGCUCUUUCACUGGAGAAGGUGAAUACAGAUGGGAGAGUUGAAAUUUGUUUGGUUGGUGACCCUGUAGUAACUUCUUUAGCAUUGCCUGUUGCGCUAGAUGCCCUGGAUGACAUGAUUUACAAUCUUAACAAGUGUGAAAACUAUGGGAAAGAUAUGUUUCUGUUGCCACUUCUAAAGUUAAAUAGAAUACAUUCCGGUUCAGCCAUUGCAAGUUCAGAGGAGUUGCCUUUUGGGAUUAUAACAGCAGCAUUUGAUGGAACUCGAAAUUCUAAAUGGGAAGAACCGAAUGGAGCAAAAGGUUGUUGGAUCAUGUAUAGAACAUUUGAUAACAAGAUGGUUGAGCUUGUAGCAUAUGAGUUGAUGUCAGCUAAUGAUGCACCAGAAAGGGAUCCAAUGGACUGGGUUCUUGAAGGGAGCAGUGAUGACGGGAUCAGCUGGCAAGUUUUGGACAAGCAAGCCUCUCAGUUCUUUGAAGACCGUUUCCAGCGCAGAACAUACAUAAUCAGUUCUGCAAGUUUCCCGUGUAAUGUUUUCAGUUUGUCUUUGCAGGUUUAGGUUUCUGGCAGUUAGAGAUAUUCGGUCUACUUCCCGGCUGCAAAUCGGUAGCAUUGACUUCUAUGCUAAAUCUAAAUGAAAUAUAGGUAAAUUGCGAGCUUAAUUGAGCAAAUUUUUUAUGUCUACAUUUCUUCUCAGUUUAAGAAAUGAAAUUAAAUUUGUCUAUACCGUUAAAAGAAUCCCAUCACCGUGGAUGAAUAUCAUCUAAAGGAGGAGGCAAACUAAAACUUCAUGGUUUGGGUGUACAAUUAAACACCAUACAUAACAGUAUUGUUAUUCAUACUGGUCAAUGUUUUCAAUAGAAUUAGAAAAGUUAUGUGGGACAGCCUAGAUUUUAAAUUAUUUUAUCAACUUGCCUUAGCUAGAGGUUUUACUUAUUCUUUUGGCAGCCUAUUGCAACUUGUGUUCUAUCUCCUAUACAAUGUUACUAAAUGAUCAAGUUCAAUUGUACUGAAAUAUCUUUUGAAGCAUUUGAACUUUCCGGGGUAGUAUUUCCCUCUAUGGAUUUGUUUCUCCCGGAAGUUAUUUGCAUUUGAU